UCCGGCUGUGUGGGAGGGAGCCGGAUGCCGUUACCUCCGCCCGCCCCGAGAGGAGCGCGAGAGCCGCCCCGUGCCUCUUUGCUCCCUCCCGUGGGGCUCGUGGGGUCGGAGGCACGAGGGGGAGCAGCACGCGGCCAUGGAGCGCGACGGGAGCGAGCAGCCGCCGGACAGGGCUCCGCAGAUAGAAACAGAUGACCAUACAGCUCUGGUUAGUAAGCCCAGGAGUAAAGGAGGAAAUGGUGAUCUGGCAUCAGCUGGAUUUAACAUUAUCAACUCCAUCAUAGGAUCAGGUAUUAUAGGACUGCCCUACUCAAUGAAAGAAGCUGGUUUUCCUUUAGGAGUGCUGCUUCUGUUUGGGGUUGCUUAUAUCACAGAUUAUUCCAUUAUAUUACUGAUCAAGGGAGGAAAUCUCUCCAGCACCAACACCUAUCAAGAGCUUGUCAAAAAAACAUAUGGUUUUUUAGGUUAUCUAAUUCUUUCAACUCUUCAGUUUUUAUAUCCAUUUAUUGCUAUGAUUAGUUACAACAUAAUAACUGGAGACACUUUAACUAAAGUGUUCCUGAGAAUUCCUGGAGUUGGAUCUGAAAAUGUGCUUACUGAUCGUCGCUUCAUAAUUCUUUUCACCACUGUCAUCUUUACGUUGCCCUUAUCUUUAUAUCGUGACAUAGCAAAAUUGGGAAAGGUAUCUCUUGUUUCUCUGCUUUUAACCAUUGUCAUCCUGGUUAUUGUGAUGGUGAGGACAGUAACGCUUGAUCCACAGAUACCCAAAUCAGAAAAUGCAUGGGUAUUUGCAAAAUCAAAUGCAUUGCAAGCCAUUGGGGUGAUGUCUUUUGCAUUCAUCUGCCACCAUAACAGCUUUUUAAUAUAUGGCUCUCUGAAAGAACCCACAUUAAACAACUGGUCUCGAAUCACACAUGUGUCUGUUUUACUUGCUGUUGUUAUCAGCGUACUAUUUGCUGUAUGUGGAUACAUGACUUUUACAGGAUACACAGAAGGAGAUAUAUUUGAAAACUACUGUAGAGAUGACAACCUUGCAACUUUUGGAAGGUUUUGUUAUGGAGUUACUGUAAUUCUGACUUUCCCUCUUGAAUGUUUUGUCACCAGAGAGGUGAUUGCCAAUGUAUUUUUCCAUGGGAACCUCUCAACUGCUUUCCAUAUUGUUGUGACAGUAUUUAUCAUUGCUGUGGCGACUGGUGUAUCAUUAGUGUAUGAUUGCCUUGGAAUAGUUUUAGAACUGAAUGGAGUUCUGAGUGCUACCCCACUUGUUUUUAUCAUCCCAACAGCGUGUUAUCUAAGGCUGUCUGAAGAGCGUUGGAACCAUUCAGAUAACCUCAUCUCCUGCCUGAUUCUUGCUGUCGGUGUGCUAGUGAUGACAGUUGGGUUUGUUUUGACUAUCUUGCAUCCCCAGGAAUGUAGCCAUGGAAAAGAAAUGUUUUACUGCUUUGCUAGUAAUGUUUCUUUUCACAACGGUACGCUUCCCCCAUAGGUAAAGCUCCAGUCUCUGAACUAGAUCAGGGACAUCGUCCAGCAAGCCAUAUGUUCCACUUUAAACAUAGCUGGAACAAAGAUUUUGUUUUCAUAUACACACAAAUAAACUUACCUGCUUGAUUUUUAUACUGCCAUCCUGUUUCAGAUAAAACAUUUAACUUUUGAAACAAACUCUCAGAGGUGCUUUGCUGUGGACAUUACUUGUAUACCUGCCAAACCUAUCAAAAAGGCUGUGUUUUUUAUGUUAAUAUGUCACCAAUACUGCUUAAAAGCUAUGUGAAAUGUGUAGAAAUGUAAACAUCUCCCAUGUUUCAUUGCUUUCAUUAUUUUUAUUAAUUUUAAAAUAACUGUAAACUUAUUAGUAUGCUAUAGCAUGAAGCUUUUUUGCCACCCUGAGAACAAGUGUGUCUGGGUCUCUCUCCAUGUAUUCAACUUGUGCUGUUAAAAUGAAAAACAUCUAUUAAUUGUCUUUUAUUUUACAGUAGGUGUUCUCUAGAUCUGAAAGCAUACUUUGUACUGGCUCUCCAUUCAAUGUUAAUUUUGUAAUCUAAUUGAGCUGUAGCUGAUAGAAUCCAACUGCAAUUUGUACAAUUUGUGUUAUUCAGAUAAAAAGAUUUCACAUGAGUCAAUCUACAUACCUGAAUUUUUAAAAGAUUUAGUUAAACAUCCUUUGUAGAAAUUGUAAGGUCGAGAAGAAAAUGAUGUGUGUAACAAUCACAUCUUGAUUUUUAUAUUUAUAACUUAUUUCUGGAACUGGUCUGAAGAACUGAUACACACCCAGGAUAUGAUUCAUUUCAGUAUAUAGUUGUCUAUCUAAGAUUUGGUCAUGAUUUGUUGCAUUUUGCUGAUUUAUCUUGUUCUUCAAAAUUCAUUUAACAUUAAGGAUUUUUUAAUGUUUGAGAGAGAUGUAAAUAUACACAUAUGCCUAUAGAAUAUGAGUAAUUUAUUACUGGUAAAAAUCUUAAGGAUUGUCCUUAUCCUCCUUAUAAACACUGGACUUUCAAAAAUGUUUUUUAUCAAGUCAUGCUGUGUAUUUUGCCAUGUCAAUUUUUUAUUUAUCUAGAUUUUUGGGAUUCCUUUUGCUAACCAGACUUCAAUAACUGGUCGUGUAAUGUUACUCAGUUUUUAUACAGCUAAAUUGCGAUGAUUUCUGUCUCUGUCCUGCUUGAUUUUCGGUAAACCCGUGACACUAUUUCAUGCAAUUUUUAUAUCUCAACAGAUGUAUUAAUUGGAUCUGGUGGGGGAAGGAUUUAACUCUUCAGUGUUACUGUGAAUAGCAAAUGAAAAUGUAGUAUGAGGAUUUAAUAGGACUCUGGUGUAAACAUUUAACACUAGUAGGAGAAAAAAGACACAAAUAAUAGAAUAAAGAAAUGUAUUGUGAGUACAGAACAUGAGACUGACAAGAUUCCCAUAGCAGGAAGGAGGGAGAAAUCCCCUCUUGUGGAGAAAAAAAAAAAAAAAACAGUGCACAAAAGGUUUGUAUUUUUGUAAUAGUGUUUUUACAUGGAGUUCUAAUUUUGAAAAGCAGUUCUUCUAUUCUGACCUGUUGCAAUGUUUGGAUUUUUUUAGAACAGAAUUCAGGAUAGUGAAGGAAAUAAGUAAAAGUUUUCUUGUUUGUCAUUCAAUGCUGUAUUGUAAUCAUAAUCUGCAUUCAGCUAAUGACCUUAGUCGGAUACCUUCUGACUUUACUGCUAUAUGAAAUUCUUUGGUCUCAAUCUGUUUUGGUUGUUAUAGAGGGUACUUCAUGGACAUGUGUGCUCACGUUGGUUUAUAAAUACUAGGUUCCAGUAUGCAUCAAAUACCCAUACCUUUAUACUUCAGGAUAAUUACUCAUUUUGAAACUGGACAAGAGACCCCACUUCAUUCUUUUUGUGUAUGCAGAAAUGCAGAAAAUUAUGCAGGAAGCUUGUUAUUUUAAAUUAAGAACUUGAUAACGCUAUUUGCUUCCUACAAAUAUCUGAUAUUGUACUGCCUGAGAAUACCAGUGGUAAAGACACAAGUCUGCUUGCUGUAAACAUUCAGCCUUUUGGAAUUGGUUCCAGGUAGUUCUAACUACUUUGAAGUUGUUGCAACAAUUGGUUAAAAUGUCAGGGAAAAGGAGACAUUACAAAGAAACUUGGAAAUAGCCUCUUGACUUUGUUGGCAGCUUCCUCAUUAACCCUCAACUGAAUGCAGAUGUUGAUGUAAGCAUUUGAAAUGCAAAACUUCGUUAAUAGAUAUGAUUACUGUUUCCUUUAAUACACCAAACUAUAACAUUAAAGAACAUUUACUGCAUUUAUUAGCAAAGACUUAGCUAGAAAUAUUCCCUGAGUUUUAUUCCAUGCUAUAUUGUGUAAUAAAUUGCGUGUAGUGCAUUCCUACCUUAUUUUAUUAGGAUUUAUUUCUUCCUCAUAUGGACUUUUGCUCGUAAUUUUUUUCUUGAAAGACUGGAACUUUCUGGGGCUUUCCAGGAGGCUUUACACCUUGGAACUAAAGCAGGAUGCAACAAGUUAAACAUCCUGAAACUUUAGUUAAGACAUCAAAGAAAGAGCCUCUUGGAACUGAGGAAGGAACUUCGCUGAAAAUUUGCAAAUACUCCCAACUGAUUUUAAUGCUUC